UUGAAGUUGCGGCUUCAUGUCACACAUGCGUACCGAUAAAGUGAAUGGCACACGGGCGCAGAAGUGACACAGAGGCGGCCAGAGUGAGGGGGAGACUACCAGAGCUGAGCCACGGCAGCUGGGUCAAGUCCACGGAGAGGAGAGAAGAAGGAGGAGGAGGAGGAGGAGAAGCGCGCGUUGAGAGGAUGAAGAUGAAAGCCGCGGGAGGCUUUAGUAUCCCACCACCGGCGUCUCCGAAACCCAGGCUUUAGGGACGCGCGCGCGGGGGAGUCACGGGCGCGUUGAAUUUGGGCAAGUUGAGAAAGUUCCGCGACUGUAUACAAUGGUUAUAAAUGGGUCUCACCUGAACAGCUCCUCGCCAGACCCCAGUGACACCGUCCUGAACCGCCCGCCGUGGGUUACCACAACUUUGGGCUGCUUCCUCAUCUUCACUAUCAUUGUCGACAUCCUGGGCAACCUCCUGGUCAUCUUCUCCGUGUACCGGAACAAGAAGCUCAGGAAUGCAGGGAACAUCUUUGUGGUGAGCCUGGCAGUGGCAGACCUUGUGGUGGCCAUCUACCCGUACCCUCUGGUCCUCACCUCCAUCUUCCACAAUGGCUGGAACCUGGGUUACGUUCACUGCCAGAUCAGCGGCUUCCUCAUGGGCGUCAGCGUCAUCGGCUCCAUCUUCAACAUCACCGGCAUUGCCAUCAAUCGAUACUGUUAUAUCUGCCACAGCCUCAAGUAUGAUAAACUGUACAGUGACAAAAACUCAGUCUGCUAUGUGAUGUUGAUCUGGGCGCUGACUGUGGUCGCCAUCGUGCCCAACCUGUUUGUGGGUUCACUUCAGUAUGACCCACGGGUUUAUUCCUGCACCUUUGAACAGUCAGCCAGCUCAGCGUACACUAUCGCAGUGGUUUUCUUUCACUUCAUUUUACCCAUCAUGAUUGUCACAUACUGCUACCUGCGCAUUUGGAUACUGGUCAUUCAAGUGAGGAGACGAGUCAAGCCUGACAACCGGCCCAAAAUAACGCCGCAUGAUGUUAGAAACUUUGUCACCAUGUUUGUGGUGUUUGUGCUCUUUGCCGUUUGCUGGGCACCACUCAACUUCAUCGGUCUGGCCGUAGCGAUCAAACCAGAGGUGGUGAUUCCCCUCAUCCCUGAGUGGUUAUUUGUGGCCAGCUACUUCAUGGCCUACUUCAACAGCUGCCUUAAUGCCAUUGUGUAUGGUGUGCUGAACCAGAAUUUCCGGAGGGAGUACAAGCGCAUUGUAGUGUCAGUGUGCACGGCACGCAUCUUCUUCCAGGACAGCUCCAACGAUGCAGGGGAGAGGCUAAAAAGUAAACCGUCACCACUCAUGACCAACAAUAACCAGGUCAAGGUGGACUCUGUCUGAUCCAGACCUCAGAGGACUACUUAGCGGACAUGAACAGAUAUGCUGUGACUGAGAGUGAAAAAAAAAGAAAAAACUAAAAGGCAUAGUGAGAAAAAUACCAAAUUUAAAUAUAAAACGGCUUCUAUCCUCUGAGCUGUCCA